AUGCGCCCCAAGGAACAGGUGCAGAACAGUGCGGGGGACGGGACGGGGUCUGGGGACCCAGCAGUAGGGACCCCCGCGACCCAACCUGCAGCCAGUCCGGCCCCGGAGCCCUCGGCGGAGCCCAAACCUGCUCCUGCGCAGGGAACCGGGUCCGGACAGCGAGCUCCAGGAUCCCGAGUCAAGACAGGAAGAUUUUGUCGGUCCAUGAUCAUCGGUGAUUCGGACGCGCCAUGGACCCGUUAUGUAUUCCAGGGGCCUUAUGGUCCCCGGGCCACUGGCCUGGGCACUGGGAAAGCCGAGGGAAUCUGGAAGACGCCAGCCGCGUACAUCGGCCGAAGGCCUGGCGUGUCCGGCCCUGAGCGCGCCGCGUUUAUUCGAGAGCUGCAGGAAGCACUGUGUCCUAACCCACCUCCCACGAAGAAAAUCACUGAAGAUGAUGUCAAAGUGAUGCUCUAUUUGCUGGAAGAGAAAGAACGGGACCUGAACACAGCUGCUCGCAUCGGCCAGUCCCUGGUGAAACAGAAUAGUGCUUUGAUGGAGGAGAACGGCAAGCUGGAAACGAUGCUGGGCUCAGCCAGGGAGGAGAUUUUACAUCUCCGGAAGCAGGUGAACCUGCGAGAUGACCUCCUUCAGCUCUACUCGGACUCCGACGAUGAGGAGGAGGAGGAGGAGGAAGAAGAAGAGGAAGAGGGGGAAGAGGAGGAGCACGAAGGACAGCGGGAUCAAGACCAACAGCAUGAUCAUCCUUACGGUGCCCCCAAGCCGCCCCCUAAGGUGGACACACAGCACCGCUGCCCACAGCUGGAAGCUCUGCAGCAGAAGCUGAGGCGACUGGAGGAAGAGAAUGAACACCUGCGAGAGGAGGCCUCUCACCUUGACAACCUGGAAGACGAGGAGCAGAUGCUCAUCCUGGAAUGCGUGGAGCAGUUUUCUGAAGCCAGCCAGCAGAUGGCAGAGCUCUCGGAGGUGCUGGUCCUGAGGUUGGAGGGCUAUGAGCGGCAGCAGAAGGAGAUCACCCAGCUGCAGGCCGAGAUCACCAAGCUACAACAGCGCUGUCAGUCGUAUGGAGCCCAGACGGAGAAACUGCAGCAGCAGCUGGCUUCGGAGAAGGGAAUCCACCCAGAGAGCUUUCGCGCGGGCUCCCACGUGCAGGAUUAUGGGAGCAAGUUUCGCGAUCGCCAGGAGGAUGGGAAGAACCAGCGCCAGCGCUCCUCGAUGCCCGCGACUUCUGUCGCCCACUAUGGAUACAGUGUGCCUCUGGAUGCGCUUCCCAGUUUCCCAGAGACGCUGGCUGAGGAGCUCCGCACAUCUCUAAGGAAGAUCAUCACUGACCCUGCCUAUUUCAUGGAGAGAUGUGAAAUCCGCUGCAAGGAGGAGCGAGAGCAGGAGCAGGGGGCGAUGCCACCACCCCCACCGCCGCAAGAUCUCAAGCCACCUGAAGAUUUCGAGGCUCCAGAGGAGCUGGUGCCUGAGGAGGAGCUGGGGGCCAUAGAAGAGGUGGGGACGGCCGAGGAAGGGCUGGCGGAAGAGGCAGACCGGGUGUCUGAGGAGACCGAGGCCUGGGAGGAAGUGGAACCAGAGGUCGACGAGGCCACGAGGAUGAAUGUGGUGGCCUCCGCCCUGCAGGCCAGUGGCCUGGGCCCUUCCCGCCUGGACAUGAAGUACGUCCUCCGGCAGCUGGCCAACUGGCAGGAUGCCCAUUCCAAGCGGCAGCAGAAGCAGAAAGUCGUCCCGAAAGACUCUCCGGCCCUGCAGCAAACAAACAUAGGGGAAGGGCGGGAUCUUGGAGCAGCAGCCCAGGGUCAGACCCAGGACGCUGGAGGACAGGAUCACUAACUCUCCCAGUACCAGAGAGGAGGAGGGGCCUUCAGGCCACGGUCGGACCAGUCCUCUGGGUGAGUGAGGGAUUUAUAGGGUGCGUCAGGGUCUCCUUUGCCUAUCUAGA